GUCACCAUGGCCACGGCACUGCUAGCAGACGAGAUAUCAUGGGAUUCAGGUUAAAUUAAAUUUGAUUUUUAUUAAAUUUGAGAAUUUAAUAAAUUUAAAUGCAUUCAUUCUUUAAGAAGUUGUGGUCUAAUAUUGCUUUUGAAUUAAAUAAUUAUGGACAAUAGACAUCAUGGAAUAUUUAAACCUUUACAUUCCAUCAUUAGCGAUGCUGGAAUGUAUGCUUACUGUGCAACAUGUGCCAUGUCCUUGUACAAUCUUUUCAAAGAAGAGUGGAAUAGGAAUUUCAGAGAACAGUGUAUGACAAAACAUAUCACGCAUGUUGGUCUUCCAAAACAGGUAGAAUCAUCUUUGUAUGCUUUUCUUACUGGAGAAGGAGGAGACAUUGAGCCAUUGCUAAAUGUAUUAAAAAAAGAGCCUAAACUGAAUGGCAAUUGCUUAAGAAUUAUUGAAGAUUUAAUCUUAUUUGCUGUUGAAGAAGGGAUAUAUGAUGCCCGUAUGCGUGUGUUGAUUCUUCAUGUUGCUUGGUUGUUACGUGUUGCUUUGCCUUUAGUUGAAAUUUAUGAAGAAUCUGUUGUUGAUAUGCUUUCUCGUGAAGUGCAAGAAAUGUCUGAGGAUGAAAAGAAAGCAAAUGCAAAGCGACAGCGCAAUAAAAAGAUAAAACGUUAUUUGUUAGUAGGAAUGGCUACUAUAGGAGGAGGAGCAGUUUUGGGUUUGACUGGUGGAUUAGCUGCUCCAUUUAUGGCUGCUGGUGCUGGAGCAAUCAUAGGUGGAGCAGGUGCUGCAGCAUUAGGUUCUGCUGCAGGAAUUGCAGUCAUUGGUUCCCUGUUUGGAGUUGCAGGUGCUGGUUUAACUGGUUAUAAAAUGCAAAAACGUGUUGGUGAUAUUGAAGAAUUUGCAUUUGAUACUCUAACUGAAGGAAGGCAGUUACAUGUCACUUUAGCGAUAUCUGGGUGGUUAACUGAAGAAGAUAGGGAAGCAUUUCAAGAACCUUGGCUUACCCUUAUGCAUUCUCGAGAACAAUAUUGCUUAAGAUAUGAAUCAAACUACCUCUUGCAACUGGGGAGAGCUAUGGAUUACUUGUUUAGUUUUGCAGUGUCUAUGGCUGCUCAAGAAGCGUUGAAAUACACAAUUUUAUCUGGAUUAAUUGCUGCAAUUACAUGGCCUGCUGCACUCGUCACAGUUUCUGGAGUAAUUGACAAUCCUUGGGGAGUAUGUCUGAGACGAUCUGCUCAAGUUGGACGACAUUUAGCUGAUGUACUUUUGGAAAGGCAACAAGGUAAAAGACCUAUUACAUUAAUAGGAUUCAGUCUUGGUGCUAGAGUAAUUUAUUAUUGUUUACAAGAAAUGUCCAAAAGAAAAGGUUGUGAGGGUAUUAUUGAAGAUGCCAUAUUGCUAGGUGCACCUGUUACAGCUGAUGUGGAAAUUUGGAAAGAUUUCUCCAAAGUUGUGAGUGGGCGAGUUGUAAAUGGAUACUGCAGAGGAGAUUGGCUUCUAAAAUUUCUGUAUCGUACAUCAUCUGUAACAAUGAAAAUUGCUGGUUUACAACCAAUUAAAUGGGAUGAUAGAAGAAUGUGUAACGUUGAUCUCAGUAGUGUGGUAUCUGGGCAUAUGGAUUAUUCUAAUAAAAUGGAUGUCAUAUUAAAAGCCGUUGGAGUUCGUACAAUAGAUGAGAUUGUUGAUGAUUCAAAACUUCGGAAAUCCAGAUCAGAAAUACCUACUCGUCACAAAAUUGGGGAGAAGCGCCAUAAAAGAAUGCUCCACUCAAAAUCUUGCGGAGAUAUUCAUUUUCAACAAAGUAUUCCAACAGUGCCUGACAUUUCCAUGCAAAGAGAUAGAUCGUGUUCCCUUGAUAGCGUCCUCAGUCGAUCCAGUACAAGCUCUAUGCUGUUACUCAACCCUACUGGUCUAAAAACUUCCACCUCUAGACUAUCUCCUGUAACUUUUUUGCAUCCGAAAUGUAAAGAACUAAAUAGUUCUGAAGAGAAUAUACAAAAUACAGAUUUGAUUGUUCCCAGUAAUUGGGAUUGGGAAGAAAUAAAAUAAGGAUACAGUUGAUGUUGGGUGUUUUUUAAUGAUGAUAUAUAGCUUUUUACAUUCCUAGAAUCCUGUGAUUUUUGCAGCUAAUAAUUAUUUAACUAUUUUGCAAUGAUGUGAUAGCCUGUACAUGUUAAAUUUUGGUGCUUAUGGCUUGCAUUAUUUGCAUGUGAUAUAACUGGUCACUAAGAAUAUCUAUAGAAGUAUAUAUGUUUAUAUUGAUAAUUUUUGUAUUUUUGAACUAAGUAAUUGUGUAAAUGAAUUGUUUGUUAAAAGUUGUCAACACCUGUUAAUUAUUUGAUGUAGUGAGUUUUUAAAGGAAUAUUUUGAAAUAAUGCAUUUGUUUGUGAAAUAUAUAAUUAUUAUAUAUAUUUUAAAAAUCAAAUUUCAUAAUAAGUUAUCUCAAAUUUGUAAAGAUUUAGGGAAUUAAAUUUUUACUCUUUGCUUUAUUAAAUUAAUACGAGUUACAAAAAAAAAUUUUUUUUAUUCGAAACAAUACAUAAUGGGUAUAUAUUUUUCCAUCUUUAUUAUUUUCUUUAAAAGAAAAAUCUGAAUAAAAGUCUAAACUAUAGUUUUAUACUCUUAAUAAAAUUUCUAAGUGGAUGUAAUUAAAAGUCAUUUUGUGCAAUCUCUUUAGAUUUUUAAAAGUAAUUGAAAUAUGAUUAUUUAUUUGCAGUUACUACAAAUUACAAAUCUUUGUUAUUAUAAAUAUUUAGAAACCAUUUUUUUACUUUAUAUUUACCAAGUAACUGUAAAUUCUAAUAAAAACCAAAAGCUAAUUCCUAACAUAUACAUGUCUUUCAAAUGUAAAUUUUAAUUUUUUUUACUGCUUGUAAGACCAUACAUUAAUUAUGCCAGUAUAUUUUAUUUAAUUCAUUAUAAUAUUGCUAAUUUUCGUAAAAAAAAUUUCAGAAAAAUUAACACUUCUUACUCACCAAUGAAAUUUUCAGUGAUGUUUUAAACUUUGUUGUCAACAUUGAAUACGAGAAACUGACAUAAUUGAUAACAAAUAUGAGAAACUGUCACAUUGCAUAUUUUGAUACUAAAGGACUUUUAAAAAUAAUUCUAAAUCAAAAGUUAUUUUAAUAUUGUUCUUUACAAUUUACAUAUGAAAUUUAUAUUCCAUGAAAAAUUUAACUAUUAAAAUUGUAAAUAUUUGAAAGUUAUAGUGUUAUAAAAUUAUAAAUAUUCCACUGUGUAAUUCAAAUUGAUAUCUUUUAAUUAUAUUGAUAAUUAUGUUUGUAAGACAAGUAUUUAAUAUUAUAAAAUUAAAAUCUAAUUUUACUCUAGUCUUAGAUAGUUUUUGUUAUUGUUGCAUUUUAUUACUACUUAAAAUAUAUAAUUGGUUACUUUCCAUAUACUUGCACCUUUUUAAAAGAUUAUUUCCUUACAAUUAUUUUUAUUUAAAUUGUUUGUUUCAUACAGUUAUGAGAAAAAUCUAUUGCUGUAGAUUGUUGUGUAUUACAGAUAUACUAGUUUAUAUAUAAUUUAAAAUUUAUAAGACAUUAGAGAAAAUAACGUAGGUUUGAAACUAUCUCAUAAUUGUUCUGAUAAAGAUGAAUAGUUUUUAAAAAAAGUAUUAACAAUUAUGCAUAUUUUUUAGAUAAAAUUAAGUAUGUUUAUACAGAACUUAGUACAUAAAAUAUAAAUAUAUAAUGAUUAGUACCAGAACUUAGAAACUGAUGUUGAAGUUAAUCCAUCGUGUGUAUGGAUCAUAAAUUUUGUAGAUCAAACAUUUAGAAGUAAUAAAUUUGAAAACUAGAUCUUUUAAUCUGAAUAUUGUUAAAAGGUUAAUUGAAUAUUGUAAUUAAAAUCUGAACAUUGUUGAAAAGGAUGCAUUAUAGAAGCAUUAUAAAAUAUCAAUUUUCCUUAUAUUCAAAAAAUUAUUAUUUAAAUAUAAAUUCAUAAAUUUUUAUUGUUGAAAGAUUAAAAUUAAUUAAGGCAUAAAGGAUGAAACCAAGUUUUCUUGUCUUUAAUGGUUGUAUUGUAAUUCUUCUAAGUUGUUAUUUAUUGUUUCAUGUGUAAUUUUUAACUUAUUGAAGAAUUUUGUAGAUGUAGUAAGUUUAACAAUUAAUUAGCUAUUUAUUAGCUUUUAUGUCCCAAAAUAUGUUGUUUUUAAUAUUUAAAAUAUUAAAUGGAUUACAUAACAAAUUAUAUUACCUAUUAUUUAAAACAUAAAUAGAUGAUAUAAUUUAUUACCUUGUGCUUCUCUGUUUGAAUUCCAAAUACUGUUUAUUUUUAUAAAUUCUACAUUUUAGAAUGUAUAGAUAAAUCAAAGUAUACGUAACUAGUAGCUAAUUGUAGACAUAAAAUAAAUGAGUGAGCAUAAACAAGAUUGAAAAAUUCCUGACUUAUUGAAUUACAAUCAUGGCUUAUUCUACUCAAAUGAUAGUUUUCCAUACUUUAGUUCCUAUGCAACUAAUUAUUUUUGUUCUUUUUUUGUGUUAUUUGCAAAUGACAUAAUUGAUAAAGGAUUAUAAAUUUACAUUUUUAUUGUUAAUAAUACUUUUUGUAAAAUAUGUAUUUUAUUACCAUUAUUUAUUAAAUAAAUUAUUUAAAAUAAAGUUUUGCAAAAAUGUGACGAAGUUUGAGAAAAAUAAUCCCCAAACGCUUACCCUUAUUUAUAUUGUUAUUCAUACAUAUACUAUGUUUUUUUUCUUUUACUUGCUCUCUAUUUUAGAGUAGACUUGCAUGGGCAUAUCUGCAUUCUUGUAUUUUGAAAGCUUUAUAAAGUUGCUUGUUCUGAUAGA